AUGGCAUCCAGUUAUAAGACCAGCUCAUACACUGUGAGGAGCUCGGCUGCACCAAGGAACUUCAGCAGCAGCUCCUACUCCGGAUCAGGAGGAAUCAGCUCCCGCAAGACCUACACCGCCAGGAGCUCCUAUGGGGGUGGCAGCAGGGGCUUCGGAGGGGCCGGCAUCACCAGCUCCAGUGUCUACGGACUCAGCUCCAGCAUGGGCGGUGUGGGCAUGGGCUUCGGCGGUAGUAUGGGACUGGGACAGGCACCCAUUAGCGCCGUGACUGUCAACAAGAGUCUGUUGACCCCGCUCAACUUGUCCAUUGACCCUACCAUCCAGGCUGUUCGCACCCAAGAGAAAGAACAGAUCAAGACCCUCAACAAUCGCUUUGCCUCUUUCAUUGACAAGGUGCGUUUCCUGGAGCAGCAGAACAAAAUGCUCGAGACCAAGUGGAACCUGCUGCAGGGCCAGACCACCACGCGUUCAAACAUUGACGCCAUGUUUGAGGCCUACAUCACCAACCUGCGCAGACAGCUUGACAGCCUGGGCAACGACAAGAUGAAGCUGGAAGCUGACCUUCACAACAUGCAAGGCCUGGUGGAAGACUUCAAGAACAAGUAUGAAGAUGAGAUCAACAAGCGCACAGAGUGUGAGAAUGAAUUUGUACUCAUCAAGAAGGAUGUUGAUGAGGCCUACAUGAAUAAGGUGGAGCUGGAGGCCAAGCUGGAAAGUUUGACAGAUGAGAUCAACUUCCUCAGGUCCAUCUAUGAGGAGGAGCUGCGCGAGCUCCAGAGUCAGAUCAAGGACACGUCAGUCAUUGUGGAGAUGGACAAUAGCCGUAACUUGGACAUGGACUCUAUCGUGGCAGAGGUGAAAGCUCAGUACGAGGACAUUGCCAACCGCACCCGCGCUGAGGCAGAGACGUGGUACAAGACCAAGUAUGAGGAGAUGCAGACAUCUGCCAACAGAUACGGAGAUGACUUGAGGGCUACUAGGACAGAGAUCGCAGACCUUAACCGCAUGAUCCAAAGGCUGACAGCUGAGAUAGAUGGAGUCAAGGGACAGCGUGCCAACCUGGAGGCUCAGAUCGCUGAGGCCGAGGAACGUGGCGAGCUGGCAGUUAAGGAUGCCAAGUCCCGUAUCAGAGAGUUGGAGGAGGCCCUGCAGAGAGCCAAACAGGACAUGGCCCGCCAGAUCCGCGAGUACCAAGACCUGAUGAACGUCAAACUGGCUCUCGACAUUGAGAUCGCGACCUACAGGAAACUGCUGGAGGGCGAGGAGGACAGGCUGGCAAACGGCAUCAAAUCCAUUAACAUCUCCAAACAGAGCACAAGCUACGGCGGUAUGGAUGCCCUGAAGAGUGGCUACUCCAGCAGCUACUCCAGUUACAGUAGCGGCGGCGGCUACGGCAGCAGUGGCUACAGCAGUGGCGGAUAUGGCAGUGGCGGCAGCGGCUUCAGCGGUGGAAGCGGCUACAGCACCCAGAGCAAGAAGAACGUGGUCAUCAAGAUGAUUGAGACCAAGGAUGGCCGAGUUGUGUCCGAGUCCUCCGAAGUCAUCGAGGAUUGA